AUGGCCUACAAGUCAGCCCUGCAACAUUUAGAGCAAAGUCAAGCGAGCUGCAAUUUUUAUUGCUGCCGUAGAACGCUAAUUGCCUUGAAUGCUUGCUAUUUAAUAAUUGGUAUUAUUCUAAUCUCCACGGCAGCUGGUGCUAGCAUAACCAAAGUAGUGACAAGUUUACCCGUUGUCGGUGCAAUCAUCACUAUUGGCAUUUUCCUUAUUUUAGUCUCCAUUUUUGGUGCCGCAGUGGCGAUAUGUCAUAGUAGCAUUGGUUUAUUGUUUUAUACCUUGAUUAUGGUUGGGGUUUUCACGAUGCAGUUCGCUGUUUCUAUUGCUGCUUUAUCCAUUAACCGACAGCAAGAACAUCUGGUUAUGUCUAAAGCAUGGGAUAAACUGCCAUGGACAACUCGGCAUGGCAUCCAAGAACGAUUUGAUUGUUGUGGCUUUGAUUCAUCCACUGGAAAUGCUAGUGCAUCAACUCCAAGCUGUCAUGUGUUGAAAUGCUAUAGAAUAAAGCAAUCAUGUUCAUAUUGUUAUCCAAUUAUGAAAGAUAUUAUUACUGCAGCGUUAAAAGGUGGUGGUGGAGUAGGUUUAUUUUUUAGUUUUUUCGAUUUCCUUGGUAUUUUCUUUGCCCAUCGAUUGCGCCGUUUACAAGAUCCAAUUCAUGUUCCAACUAAUCAUCUUUACUAA